CGUCACUUCCGCUCGGGCCUGACCGAGGUUCGGCUCCUCGGGCCGAGGGCGGGGGUACGGAGGUGGCAGCUGAAGGCAGGAGGCGGUGCGGGAGGCGAGAAGCUCCCGCGCGGACCAAUCCCUGCGUCCCGGGCCGAGACCCUGCUCCUGCAGCGCCCGGAGGAGAGGCCGGCCGGAUGGGCCGCUGAGCCCGAGUCGGGGACCGCGUGGAGCCCCCUGGAGCUGAGAUCAGGAUGUUCCGCUUCAUGAGGGACGUGGAGCCUGAGGAUCCCAUGUUCCUGAUGGACCCCUUUGCAAUUCACCGUCAGCAUAUGAGCCGCAUGUUGUCAGGUGGCUUUGGAUAUAGCCCCUUCCUAAGCAUCACAGAUGGUAACAUGCCAGCAACCAGGCCUGCCAGCCGCAGGAUGCAGGCUGGGGCUGUCUCUCCCUUUGGGAUGUUGGGAAUGUCUGGCGGCUUCAUGGACAUGUUUGGGAUGAUGAACGACAUGAUUGGGAACAUGGAGCACAUGGCCGCCGGAGGCAACUGCCAGACCUUCUCUUCCUCCACCGUCAUCUCCUACUCCAACACUGGGGAUGGUGCCCCCAAGGUUUACCAGGAGACAUCUGAGAUGCGCUCUGCCCCAGGCGGGAUCCGGGAGACACGGAGGACUGUCCGGGACUCAGACAGUGGCCUAGAGCAGAUGUCCAUUGGGCAUCACAUUCGGGAUAGGGCCCACAUCCUCCAGCGCUCCCGAAACCACCGCACGGGGGACCAGGAGGAGCGGCAGGACUACAUCAACCUGGACGAAAGUGAGGCAGCAGCGUUCGAUGAUGAAUGGAGAAGGGAGACAUCUCGAUACAGGCAGCAACGUCCUCUGGAAUUUCGACGGCAUGAGGCGUCUGUGGGUGGGGGACGAAGGGCUGAGGGGCCUCCCCGCCUGGCUAUCCAGGGACCUGAGGACUCGCCCUCCCGACAGUCCCGUCGCUAUGACUGGUGAAGGCCCCAGGCUCUCAGACUCUCAUGUGCAGGCUGGGAGGCUGAGAAAUCCUUGAAAUGACUGUCCUUUCCAACCUCCAUCCCAAUUUAAUAUUAAAUUAACAGGCAAGCUGGCCACGCCUCUCCCUGGGUCUCAGGGAGAGCCUUCGACUGCCCCCUGACCUUCGUUUCCAUCUUCACCCUCACCAUGUGUCCCCACCCAUCCUGUAUCCACUAACUUGAGUUUUCAUGUUGCUGCUCCAUCUCCAAGCCGCCUCAUCUUCCCGAGUCCCUGCCAUGCAUUGAAGGGUUUGAGGGCAAGCUCUGGGUUUAGGGAUCUCCAUCCCUCAGCUCCCCUGGACCCUGCCCACCUCUUCCUCAGAGCUCCACUGCAGAUGCCAUGGUCCUAUGAGGGCUGUGGAAAGUGGACUAGUUCCCAAUUCUUUGUCCCUCCCCCACAUCACAAAAACACUUUCCUAUUCCCUUCUCUGCCUUUAUAAAAAUAAAUGAUUUGUGCAACUUGUAACUAGGUGUUUAUGGAAUAAAGGAGAAUGGAAAAAAA